AUGGAGAAUAAAUUAUUUUAUAUAUAUCCUAAUGAACCUACUGGUUGCCUAUUAAAAAUUAAAAAUAUUAAUUGUUUUGAAAAGGAAAUUGAGAUAAAACACUUCUUUGAACAUUUAGUAGACAUAUGUUUAAUUCAUUCUGAUUAUGUAAAAAAUGAAGCUCAUGCUUUAUUACAUUCAAAAGAAGAGGUUUUAUAUUUUAUGAAAUAUCAUCACCUGAUUUUUAAAAAUAUGAAAUUUUUAGAAACGGAAAUUCAAAAUAUAGAAAUAGAGAUAUUAAAUAAAGAAGAAGAAAAAAUAUUUUGGAAUAACAUAAGAUUGAAAAAAACAAGAUUUUAUAUUUGUUGUAAUGUGCACAAAUAG